UCUGUGGGAGCAAAUGACCGGUCAUGAGUCCCCAGCUGAUUCCUGGAACUGCCCAUGGCAGCCUCAGUGUUGUGACACUAACCCCUAAAGCUCUUAAAGCUAAAGUCCCAGAUGAAACCACUCAAAAUCAGCAGGGGGAGGCGUACAGAGACAGCUGCUUACAGCUCUCUCUCUCUCUCUCUCUCUCUCUCAUUGUCUGUCCCUUCACUUCCUUGUCAUUUCCUCUGCUGUCUGUGGAUUGCUACAAUGAGGGAACAAUGGAAAAUUGAUCUCCUCCGCUCCAUUUUUAUCACAAUUCGGCACCUCCAUACAGCGCUGUCCAUGGUCCUGAAACAACAGUUAAGCAAUAGUCACAUGUAUCUCAGCCAAUAAUUGAUAAUAAGUGCCAGAUUCAAUCAAAUAGGUGCCAGUCACAGUGUGGAAAGUCCCGGAUCCUCCUGUGAGGAGAAUUAAACUGAUUACACUAAAUUCCCUUAUGAUUUUUAUGGUGUGGUUAUUUUCAGACAAUAUGGCACACCAUACGCACAGAACAGUUAGGUAUAUCUAUAGGAAGACCGUCCCUAUACCAGAGGAUACACCAAAGGUCCAAGGUUAUGACUUCAACCAGGGAGUGGACCAUCGAGCCCUGCUGCAGUCCUACCUCAACACAGGCUUCCAGGCCACUAAUGUGGGAUUGGCUAUCCAGGAGAUCAAUAAUAUGAUACAGAGGCGUCAGGAACCAGUGAAGGCAGUGAAUGGCUUUGUUGAGGAGGACCAUCAACCUGCCCGUGCCUCACGAAGCUGCACCAUCUUCCUCAGUUACACUUCAAACCUCAUCAGCAGUGGAGUCAGGGAGACUAUCUGCUACCUCGCAGAGCACAGAAUGGUGGAUGUGUUAGUGACCACAGCUGGAGGAGUAGAGGAGGAUCUGAUCAAGUGUUUGGGCCCAGUUUACAUAGGAGACUUUACUCUGCCUGGGAAGGAUCUGUAUGAAAAAGGCCUUGAUAGGAUCGGCAACCUUCUGAUGCCUGAUGAAAACUAUUCUAAACUCGACAAAUGGAUGAUGCCGAUCUUAGAGCAGAUGCUGCUGGAGCAGAACACGCAGGGUGUUCACUGGACUCCAUCUAAGAUGAUCCAUCGAUUGGGCAAGGAGAUCAACAACCCUGAAUCUGUUUGCUACUGGGCCUAUAAGAAUAACAUCCCAGUGUUCAGCCCUGCCCUGACAGACGGUGCUAUAGGAGACAUGUUCUACCUCUUCUCAGCUAAGAACCCCGGCUUGAUUUUGGACAUAACUGAAGAUAUUUCAAGGUUGAACAACAUUGCAGUGGAUGCCAAGAGCACAGGGCUGAUUGUCCUCGGAGGAGGUGUAGCCAAACACCACACAUGCAAUGCCAAUGCAUGGAGGGAUGGAGCUGACUAUGCGGUGUACGUGAACACGGCUCAGGAGUUUGAUGGUUGUGACUCAGGAGCCAGACCUGAUGAGGCCGUGUCCUGGGGCAAGAUCAGAGUAGACGCUAAACCUGUGAAGGUGUUUGCAGAUGCCACCAUAAUCUUUCCCUUAUUAGUGGCAGAAACCUUUGCUGUUCAUGCUGAUAAGAAGAGUAAUGGCAAGGAAAAGGAUUAAAUUGAGACCCUCUUGAGUCAAGUACCAGUGAGGCAGAAUCUACAAUAUCAGGGUCCCAGAACAGUCACCCUGACGUGCACUGCAGCUGUCAUUAAUGUUAUUAUUUACAGUUUGAUGGGUCAAACUGUCUGCUGUGAGAAAAAUAUAUUGUUUGUUGUCACAUAUCAAUGAGAAUAAAUGUUGGGUUGACAAAUGAUGUCUAUAAUAUAUAUGUAUUAAUACUGAGAACAGAACUAGUCCUAGGACUGAACUCUAAUUACGAGAUAAAACACUGAAAUAACUGUGAUACAUAAAUACCAACAGGGA